UUAAAGAGCAUCGGCCAUGUCUCUCUCGGAUUUGCUGCUGCCUUUGUUUCUAUUCGUCUUUCUCACAAGAUCCCGGUCACAGUGCCCCACGAAUCCAUCCACAAUCGUGAACGACACACAGGUUCUUCUCUCUCUCCGUGACAGGCUUGGUAUCAAAGUGUGGAACGAGACCGCCAAUCCAAGAGCAUGGCGGGGUGUGGAGUGGAGCUCGGACAACGUAGUGGAGGGCCUCGCUCUGUCCAGGUUUAAUCUCUCAGGAGUUCUUCCUGCCAUCUGGGACGAGCUUCCAGCUCUGGCUCGCCUGGACCUCUCGCAAAACGGCCUCUCCUCGCUGAAAGUCCCUGGUUGCAAGAACACGCAGCUCAAGCUCCUCAACUUGAGCUCCAAUUCUCUGCGAGAGUUCCCGGGCAAUCUCUCCAGCCUCGAGAGUUUGGAAAGCCUGGACCUCAGUGCGAACUUCUUAACAAUGGCCGGGCUCCCAAAGUUUAGCUUGACGCUGCGAUCGCUCAACCUGUCCAUCAACAACUUAACUGGGAGCUUUUCCAUUGGUGGUAACCUGGGACUGGAGGCACUGGAACUCUCGCACAACGGACUCAGCGGCUCCAUUCCAGAAGCUUUCGGGGAGAUGACGAACUUGACGCGCCUGGACAUAUCGUAUAACAGGUUUAGAGGAGAUCUACCCGAUAUUUGGAGCAAGAACUUGGAGCUCAGGUACUUGCGUAUCUCCAACAAUUCGCUCCAGGGUGGUUUGCCACCGAGCUUGCGAAGGCUACGCAAGCUCUCAGAUUUACGCGCUGCAAACAACCUUCUCUCCGGGCCACUGGAGCUGGAAGAUGGCGACCUUGCAAGCAUCGAGAUUUUAUCCCUCUGGCAAAACGGGUUUAACGGAACGAUCCCGGAUACGCUGGGAAGCUUGAGGAACUUGGAGAUCCUACUUCUCACGGGGAAUCGUUUGAGUGGCGCCGUACCUUCGGAGCUUGGGAACUGCUCGAACAUCAGAGAGAUAUGGCUCGACGGCAAUGACUUGACUGGAACCAUCCCAGGCGAGCUCUCGAAGCUCUCGCAUCUCCAGAUGCUGGUUCUCGGGGGGAAUCGUUUUAGUGGCGCCAUACCUCCGGAGCUUGGGAACUUCUCGAACAUCAGAAAGAUAGGGCUCGAUGGCAAUGACUUGACUGGAACCAUCCCAGGCGAGCUCUCGAAGCUCUCGCAUCUCCAGUGGCUAGUUCUAAACGGCAACUACAUCAGCGGGGAGCUCCCUUCCAGACUCUCCAACUGCACGGAGCUCGUCUUGCUCAUGCUGGACGACAACAUGUUCUCUGGAAAUCUCCCUGCCAGCUUCGAAAAUUUGAGCCGCCUGCUCUUUCUGACGCUUUCCCACAACGAUCUUGUUGGCUCCAUCCCGGCCUCCUAUGGCAAGAUGAGCUCGCUGAUAGCCCUCAACGUUGAAUCGAACAACUUGUCUGGAGAAGUCCCGGCCAUGUUGCAAAACAUGUCGUCUCUGCAGUUCCUCCUUCUCUCGAACAACAGCUUCAGCGGCUCCAUCCCGGACUGGCUUCCCAGGCUUACGAACUUACGAGCCAUGUACUUCUCGCUUAACAGGUUCUCGGGAGAGAUUCCGGUAAGCAUUGGCCGACUGUUUGCCAACGUCCAGCUUUACCAAGAGAGCAAACGGGUUCCGCUGGAUAUUUAUACCAGCCAAGGACACGUCUACGACAGCUUCGCCUUCCCGACAACCAUCGACCUCUCCUCCAACCAGCUGACUGGAAGCAUUCCGGCGGCCAUUGGCAACCUCUACAAUCUCCAACUGCUGAACCUGAGCCACAACCAGCUAACAGGUCCCAUUCCCGAGUCCCUGGGGAAGGCAAGGAAUCUCUCUUGGGUGCUGCUUGCGAGCAAUCGUCUCAAUGGCUCCAUACCAUCGUCCGUGACAGACCUCUCGUUUCUCACUGUCUUCGACGUCUCCAACAAUAGCCUGGUGGGACGGACACCUGACAGCACGCAACUCUCGUCCAUGGACGCGGCUCUCUUCGCAGGGAACCAGCUCUGUGGCUUGCCACUGACCAUCACCUGUUCGAGCACUGUUACGCCGCCGCAUAGACCUAAAAGAGACGGACAAGGUGGUAGCGAACAGGACCAUAGGGACGUGACAACACUUGUCACUGUCGCCAUCUUCGUGGCAGCCUUCUUCAUCGCGUUCUUCUGGACCUACUUUGCGACAAUCCACAGAGCUCAUUCCCAGCUCUGUGGAUGCUGGCAAUCAAAUCUCUAGCUCAUCUACCGUGCCGCUGCCAUCCUUUCUAGCUUCCAUGAUAAUCCAUCACCAUGACCGCUUAAUGAAAAUCAAUCCUACAUUUUAUGGCUAAACUUCAUUACCACAUAACAGUAUUGAAGCUCAACUCAUUUAAAUGGCCAAAGUCAA